UGAAAUUUAAAAGGGAGGAUUUUACUUUAUACUCUCAUUAUCAUAGUUUUGUUUACUGAUUUUGAGUGGGGGUAGAUUGAAUUUUGAAAUACUUGCGGUUUAGUAAGUUUUCGGUAUAUUGAGCUGAUAUGUAAGAUUGUAAACAGCAGUUGAGUUUUAUGUAAAUUUUGGAGAUACUUUUUCUGGAUUUGAUUCACGUUCUUUUGUCAACAAUAUGCGGUACUUGUUCCCUACACUCAUAGCAGUUUUGAUAGCCAACGUGGUUUGCAGCCCCAUUAAAGAGAAAAACGGAGAUGAGUUGGCCAAUGAACUGAAUCGUCUUAAACACCUGUUGCAACGUUUAGAAGCUAAGAAAGGUACUAUAACAAACAAUUUACCGGAGGAAGAAGGUGAUGCUGGCAGUUCGUUAGAGGAAAUUAAACUACCCCCUAUUAAGGAUGUGCAAGUUGUGGACGAGGGUGCGGCGAAAGAGCCAAUGUCAGUCAGGGCCACAGACGGGGAUUUGGCAGUGCAGAAAAUCCAGAGGAUGAAAACAUUCCUGGAAUCGUUGUCUCCCGAACAAAUCGUAAAACUUAAGAAUCUCAAGAAAGUAGAUGACGCCUUGCAUGCAUCCGAAGAUCCGGGCACUUUCACUGACCUAGUGGAGCCGCCCAAGAGCGCUGACCAAUGGGAGAACCUCGCUAAACAACUUGAGAGAGAGCGUGACCAAAUAUACCUCGAACACAAGAGAGAUGGGGUCCCGUCAGAGAGGGUUCCCGUGGAAACGGAGGAAGGUACAUUUGGGACCUUCAAGGACGAAAUCAAAUAUUCCAUAGAAAAGAAUCUGUUGACGGACGUAGCCCUGGCAAUGCAUAGCGGAAUUUCUGUACAAGACAUACUUGACGACAUCGCCAGCAAAAAAGUUGAUCCCCGGGACUAAUACGAUCUCUCUGAAUUGGUUGGCGGUUUCCAUGGUGUUGUUAUCGUUUAUAGAAAAUCAUAGACAUUUUAAAGUCCUCAGAUGGGAGUCUAUUCUAACCCCAAGGAGACUUUUUUUUUAAAUUCUUACUAAAUAUCUAAGUUCGUGUGGCUUUUACUUCACAUGCUUUUUUUUAUUUUAAUGUUCUCUAAUUAUUGCCAUUUUGCACACUAGUAUCAGGCUAAUUUCCUGUAGUUUGAAUGAUAAUUGAUUAUAAUGUGACAUGAUUCAAUAAAAAUGAAUUGUU